AUGGUUAAUCAAGUUGAUCUAGAAGAGGAGCUAAGCACUACCUGGCAUGCAUUUUAUGUUAAGCACCUGCUUGAUAGCUCUAUCCAUGAUAGCGACGAAAUUCAGCUUGCAAGAUUAGAGUUGGAAGACGAAUUCUCCAAUAUUUUCUUAGGUGCAGAUGACAAAGACUUCUGCAACCAGACCAACAACGACUUAGAUGAAGAUACAAUGGAGAUGGGGAUUAGCCAACAAUCCGUAGGAGAUUCCUCCAUCUACCUCUCCCCUAAGUCAGGAGAAUUCGAUCACGACAAAUCCACAGAAGGCAAAGUUUCUCUGGACAGUAACCCUGUCCAAGACAAGAUCCUAGCAGAUCAGAACCCCUCUUCACUGAUGUGCUCAACCCCACCAACUCUUGAAUAG